AUGUCUUUUCCAGUCUCUGGCAGAAAUGCCAUCGUCACAGGUGGCGCGUCAGGUAUAAACCUUGCUUUUGUGAAACUGCUUGCAAGCAAAGGCGCCAACGUUAUCGUGGGAGAUAUUCAAGAGUCCGCUGCAUUCGAGGAAUUCCAGAAAGAACCACGAGAGACCAAGGUUUUGUUCCAGAAUACCGAUGUGUCGAAAUGGAGUGACCUGGAAGCCCUAUUCGCACGUGCGAAGUCAGAAUUGGGACCGAUAGACAUAGUAUGCAACGGGGCUGGCGUAUUCGAACCUUCAUGGUCCAAUUUCUGGAACGACACAGAAACCGAAAGCUACAAGUCAUUGGACAUCAACCUCACCGCGCUCAUCAAAGGAACGCGCUUAGCCAUCCGAGACCAAAUCACAAGAUCGAAGGGUCGCAAAGCGGGUGGCACAGUGGGAGUGAUCCUCAACAUCUCCUCCCUGGCCGCACAACGCAUGCUCUUCAACCAACCAAUCUACAGCGCCGCAAAGGCUGGAGUGUCGGCCAUCGUAAGGUCUCUGGCUCCUCUACACCCAGAGUUCGGCAUCAAAGUCGUCGCCGUCGCGCCGGGGAUGGUAUAUACGCCGCUGUGGUCGAACAAUCCCGACAAGCUGAAGGCUGCCCAUGAGAAGGACAUCUGGAUCACCCCGGAGGAGCAGGCAGAGGUCAUGCUAGAGGUGGUUGAGAAUGGCGAAUACGAAGGUGGCACGGUUCUGGAAACGCUCAAGGGGCGAACUAGGAGGGUAUACAUUGACAGCCCAAUGCCUGAAGGUCCCGGAUCCACCAUGUCCAACAUCGAUCUGAUUACCGAAGACACGAUUGCGCUAUUGGAGGAAGAGAGGAAGGGUGGUAAAGCGACAAACGGCGUGUAG